UUCUCCCUUUAUGUUAUAUCAAGUCAAGUGUUUACAACACUCAUUAUCUACUUUUACUUUCGAUUUGAUGUAAGUGAGUCAUAUAUGCGCAUUUAAAGGCCACGUAAUGAAUGGGUUUUCAAAAAUGAGUUGUUAUUACAAUAAUGUAAAGUAUAUAAACACAUCAGCGCCUUAAUAUUACUAAACUACUCAGGAUAAAAACAAGUUACUUAAGCAGAGUGAGUAAAUAAAUUGCAACGGUGUGAAGAAAAAAAUGAAGAUUUGGUUUGUCGCACUGACACUGGUUUUGACAGUUGCAAAAGGUCAAGGUUCCAACUUUGAAUCAUACAUCUUUGAGGGAGAGUCGAGAUGGAACAAAAAUGCAUUAGAUCCAAUGCUAUGCGAUGCAGAUGAAGAGGAGUGUAUGCGUUACAUGAACGAUAUUGCCAUGGUGACGAGAACGCAGUGGUUUGCCCAACCCUCCAAAGAACAUGCACUAUAUAUGAGGAUGCCCGUCAGUCACGUGUUCAUACACCAUACGGUGAUGAACGAGUGCUUCUCGCAAUGGGAAUGUGCCAUAGAGAUGCGUGAUAUACAGCAGUAUCAUCAGGCUGUAAAGCAAUGGGCCGACAUCGGUUACAACUUUGUGAUCGGACAGGACGGCGGGGUAUACAUUGGCCGAGGUUGGGAUCGGGUUGGGGCCCAUACACUUGGCUGGAAUAAUAUUUCCAUUUCAUUUGCAUUCACGGGAAACUUCAAUGAAACACUCCCCACUGACGACGCCUUGAAUGCUCUUGAGGCUGUGCUUAUAGUUGGUGUAAAACUUGGUAAACUCACGCCCGACUUUAAACUGCACGGUCACAGGGACGCAAGGCCUACGGAGAGUCCUGGACAGAAGCUGUACGAUCUGAUUCGCAGACAUGAACACUAUGAGCCCAUUCGGCCAAACAUUAUAACGUUCGUUCCGAAAUCUCAUGGAUGACAUUUUAUUGUCUGACCAAAUUUGUAUCCUCGUCUUGCACUUAAGAGAUGGAGCAAGAUAAGUAACAUCGAAUUUGUUUGUUUAUGUUGUACUGUUAACAUGUAAAAUAUGCUAUACAUUUGAACAUCAUAUCGAUUUUUGUCUUGUUUAUUGUCUUUCAUUACCACAAUCAAAUUGAAAUUUCAGAAAUGAAUGUUUUCUUUCAAAAUCUACUUUGUGAUGGCGAAUCUUAAAUCGCCUGUUCUCAUGAAAAUCAUCUGUGACUCGUACAUCACAGAUAUAAGAAAAACAUGCUCCAUAUGAAAACAGUCAGCCUUUGACAUAACAUGAGUCGUCAGAUACACGGCACAUGAACAAGAGGGUGGAGGUGUGUUUUCUGUUGAUAAAACGAGCUUAAGUACACGCAUAGAUUAAUUAUCUGUAAAAUUAUCAUUAACUUCGGAAGAUUAAAUUAAGUGUACAAUCUAAAGGACAUGCGUACAAAGCUUAUUCUAUGUGCAACAUUUAUAACAUGUUUUACGAUAUUCGAGAGCCAGUUUUUAUGCCCCCGGAUCGAAUGAUCGGGGUAUAUUGUUUUUGGCCUGUCAUUCUGUCUUUCAUUCUGUCCCAAAACUUUAACCUUUAACCUUGGUCAUAACUUUUGCAAAUUCAAAAUAACCAUGGAACAUUCUUAAAGCAUUUUAAAUAAUAUAGAAUAUUAGUUUAAGGUACUUUAAUGGAACUUAAGUAUAACCCUAGAUCGAUUACAUGAUUAAUAGUUAAACAAAUGUGUUCGAUAGUUCGAUCGUUUGUAUAUACUAGUUGUCAAAACUGAAUAUUUCACCGGGAUGAGGUCAGUUUUUAUACCUGUGGCAUGGUUUGAACAUUUGUUCGACGUCUCAUACAAAUAUAACACAUAAAAGCAAUGUGGGCUUUUUUAGAGAAUAAAUAAUGUACGCAUCCGUUUCAAAUGGCAGGGAUGGGUCAUUUUCCAUUGUCUGUCCGUCCGUUAAGAUGUCGCGUUACUCGAACAUACAAUAUAUUGCUGCUUGACUGUGAAACAUAUGUACCAAUAUGCGAACGUACUCAUAUCGAAAUGGUAAGUUUCAAACCCUAAGAAAAUUUAACAAAAUUCAGAAUACGCUCAGAUAAAGAAGAUCAUGUAAACCUGGCUUUUCUGGCUCAUUCACGUUUGUAUAGCUUCUUUGAUAGAGGUCAACCAGAUGGUCAAGCAAUUCAUAAUACUUUAUAGUUUCAUGGACCGAUGAAAUGGAUUCACAUUCAAGGUCAUGAACAAAGUAAAAAUAUGAUGAACACGUUUCUGUGUGGGUGUUUGUUUCUUCACUGAAACGUCAGAUGGACCAAGUUUUAAAAGAUUAAAAAUUAGCAUGUUGGAAAUGUUAUCAACAUGACAAACUAUUAUGCAAAAUUACAAGUAUGUCACGAGGUCUGUAGACAGUCCUUCCAUGACAUUCUGUGACAAAUGUUCUUUAAGAUAAAUCUCGACGGAAAUCAGUUUUCGUAAAUAAGACAGACUAUUUUAAAGUAUUUUGUAGCUGAACCUGGCAUGACUGGUUUACUUGACCAUAAGUCUAAAUUGUAUAACAUGUCCACACAUAAUUAAACAUGACCGUUUGUAAUUGAUGGUAUCAAAAUAUUGUUCGAUAAAAUCUUAACCAAUAAUGUACUCUCCUAUACGUUAAAAGACACUACAUGAUUGGACAAAAUAUUAACUUAUCAUUCGGACAAUAAAGGUGACCCUUCCGCUGACUGCCAAAGGUUUCUUAUUCCCCGUUUUGAGAACAUUUGAAAAAGGAAGUUUUAAUGUUAACUUACUUGAUAAAAUGCUUUGUCGGAAAUCGAUGAUUAUGUUGUACCAAUAAGAACAUUUAUAGGAAUAAAUCUGUCAAAGAAACCGUUAUCAGCUUUUAAAUGCGAUCCAGAACUAUCGGAAUGAACUUGUCGUAUGUCGUUUCUAAUAUUGAUCAUUUGUAGAAAUGUUAGCUGACCCUUUUCCUUCACAUGUAGUUUUCCUUUAUACGAGUAUGUGUGCGACUUCUAUUGUCAGCGCACAAAUAUUUUACUUUAGUCCGGUGGUCUGUGUGAAUAGUGCUUGUUUUGUAAAUAAUAUCGUGGUAUAUGUGUGACGUUUCGUCGCGUGCGAGGAUUUGCGAUGCGCGGACACGAUGCCCAUAAGUACAUGUAGCUAUGAGAAAAGCAUCCGAAACAUUUAUUUGACUUCCUUUGCGGUGAGUUACAUGAAAACUAUUGUUCGCCGCGUUUCGUUGAAAUAUUUGUUCGGCAACAGUUUGAUAUUAGUUGGAAGCCGAUUUUUCCGAAAGCUGAAUAAAGUUGUCGUCAUUUUAGGCUAUCGAUUCUACGCUUACACAGCAAUAUUCUGUGCCGUGACUCUUCAGUUACAAAGAUUGACGCUAAAUGAUGGGGCUGAUUUUUUUACAACCUCGUCCUACGUGUCCUAUACUCGCGCCGCUCAAAAUUUGUCAAGCACAAGUACCUUAAGACUCAGUCUGGACACGUGUCAUUGGGUCCUUUUCGUUGCAAUCACAUACAUGCGAGCAGUUCCUUAUUAUGUGUCAGGCUUACCUCACUGUGAGAAUUAAAAGUGUGUGUGUAUAUUGUGUGUAUGUUGUUUGUUCGUUAGGAGCGAAAGCUGUGUUCAUGGAACCUUGAUGAACAUGUAUUUAAUCGGAAAAGAACGUGUAACCGGUCUUCUACAGAAUCAAAGUUGUUUGAAGGCGUUAGUCUCUAAUGUGCUAAUACAGUCCAUUUCUAAGUGGUUCGUAUUGAAUGAAAUGUCAAGAUAUGGGAUGCCAUUAUGAUUGAUGCUAUGGAAAGAUAAACAAAAAUAAGCAGGGUUGAGAUUUUAUUUUUAAUAAACUAAUAAAGACAUUUUAUCCCACUUCUAACUACAAAAUUGUUUAACACAAAGGACUGUUUUAGUCGUGAGCGAUGAAACUAACUAAACCACAGAGAAGUUUGAAAUAAGUUGACGAAACAACCGUAUUGUUACCUCAUCGUUAUCGAAACCCAUAUAGUUGAAAACAGCUAUAAUCAAAGAAAUGGCGCUCAGUUCCAGGAAGUAGGAUGUUCUUCACCUAGCCAACGGGGCUAGUUGAAAUGAUUAGAUCAUUCAAAAUAGAAUUGAAAAUAAAUAUGCAAAUGCAUAGUUAAAGCUAUUUUUGUACCAUUGCCUAUCCUGGCUUUGAGGUACAUAAUGAGCAAAAUAUGUUGUGCGAUACGUGAAUAUUUAUGUCAUUGACAUAGUUCAAUUGUGUGUGUAUUUCGAAGUUAAUGAGGUCCUUCCAAACGUGAAGCUGAUUUUUUGAAGACCAGGCGUGUUCCCCUGUAUUCAUACCUAAUCAACUUCCUAGAAUCACGAAAGCUGGGACAAAUGUUUGAUUGAAAUGAACAAAUGUUGACCAAAUUCUACGGUGUUUAUGAUUAUUGUUGAUGAUACAUUUUGUUGUUGUUUGUCUUGCUACUAUAAAUCCAUCGCACUUCCGAAAUAUUUUGAUCAGACAGCGGUCGAUUUUUACUAACUAUCCGUAUAAACGCCCUAAAAAAAAUAUAAAAACGAGGUAUAAUUUUAAAGUAUAAUUAAGUAAACGAGUUCAGGAAUUUUUUCUUGAGCGAGAAAUUAACAAAACAUGUAAUUACGUGUCAGUGAAUAUCGGUUCUUUUGCAUAACCUUAUCUACUAUUCGUGAAAACGUUAUAGAUACGUUAUAAUAUACAAAUACAUCCAAAUCGAUUAUUUUCUAAAGACGCGACAUGAGUUUUUUAUGACGUCAUUACACCAAAAUAAAGUUUAGACUUUGGUCAAUCAAAGAAUGUUUCUCCAAUAAAAAUUACAUGCGAAGAAAAUUCUCCACGAGCUAUCUAACAUAUGACAAUUGAUAUAAACUUAGUAGAAAAAAUAUAUGAAAAUCUAUGAGGGACUGGAAAAUUGAAAUCUGCUUUAAAAUAAAUAUCAAGCAACUAGGAGCAUGUAAGAACGUUUUUAAGCAAACCAUGCAGCAUAAUUGUGUUCUAUUUGUGUACCCCCUUUACAAUCAGUUAUGGAAAUGCAGGGAAAUUACACAUGCAUUUUAACACCGCUAAAAUUUCUCUCGAGAGCAAUGUUUUUAGAAGGCGCCCUCUGUAAGGACUAAAGGCUUUAAGCCUCUUGUCAAAUCUGAGCGUCAUUAUACUACAAUACAGAACUAGUUUCAAUUUGAUAUAUUUUUACAUUUAGGUUAUUCGGCAUUUUGCCAAACGCAAACGGCCUUGUACCUUACAUUCGUCAAUCAGCAUAAGGCAUGGUGUCCCGGGCUUCUUUAAACGCUUUACGCGUCAUCAGUUCUCUAUAAAUACAGACGAUAUCAUAGACUGGAAUGUGGCGUGAUUAGCGACAACUCAUUUUCAACAUGUCUUGCAAUAAUUUGUUACAAAAACUUAACAUGUUUUUUGCAGUGCACUCUGGAAACGUGCCAGACCAACCAAUGAAAGGGGAUGUUAUUCAGCCUUGGGCAUAACAAAUGUCGAUCAAUAGAAGAUCUCGAUUUCCAAAAAUUCUAUUGACGUGUUUUAACUCUAAAUAUAGGUGAUUUCAUUGACAGAAAUGUGGCGUGAUCAAUAACAACUUAUUUUAAUACUUCAGUAUAAUACAAUACGAAACCACUGUUUCAAGUUGAUAUAUUUUACCAUUUGCGGUAUUCUGCAUUUUGCAAAACGCAAUCGGUCUUCGAGCUAACAUUCGUCAAUCAGCAACAGGCAUGGUGUUCGGCCUUCUAUAAAUGCUUUGCCUGUCAUCAGUUCUGUCUAUAAAUAGAAGCGAUAUCAUUCGCUGGAAUGUGGCGUGAUCAGCGACAACUCAUUUUUAACAUGUCUUGCGAUGAUUUGUUACAAAAGCUUAACUUGUUCUUUACACUGCACUCUGGAAAUGUGCCAGACCAACCAACGCAAGGGGAUAUUAUUCAGCUUUGGGCAUAUCAAAUGUCGAUCAACAGAAGGCCUCGAUUUACGAAAAUUCUAUUGACGUGUUUCAACUAUAAAUAAAGGUGAUUUCAUCGACUGAAAUGUGGCGUGAUCAAUGACAACUCAUUUUUAAUGGCUUUCAGUGAUAACGAUUUGAUCUUCCUGCUAAGUAUGUCGGGAACUGACGAGAUCGCAAUAGUUGGUGUCGGUUGUCGGUUUCCCGGCGCCGAUGACCUAAGUGGUUUUUGGAGGGUGCUAGUUAAUGGUGAAAAUCACGUGACCGAAGUGCCAGCUGACCGAUGGAACGUGGAUCACUUCUACGACCCCGACGAAAACGCACCGGGAAAGAUGUACGUGAAGAAAGCAGGAUUUAUUCAUGGUGUGGAGAACUGGGACAGAGCCUUUUUCGGGAUAUCUGAGCAGGAGGGCAUUAUGAUGGACCCGCAGCAACGACUGGUUCUACAGUGUGUCCAUAUGGCAGCCGAAGACGGGGGUUUCACGAGAAAAGAUCUUGCGGCAAUAAAAACCGGUGUCUUUAUCGGCUGCAUGACGCAUGACUUCGAUGCGCAGGCCAAUGAGGAUGCCUGCGCCACAGGACCGUACUCUGUCACCGGAAGUCACUCUAGCAUUCUAAGCGCACGCGUGUCGUACGUGUACAACCUUACAGGACCAGCUCUAACCAUAGACACGGCCUGUUCCUCGUCGUUGGUCGCCAUACAUCUCGGGGCACAAGCCUUGUUGUCUGGGGAUGUUGAUAUGAUGAUUUGUGGUGGCGUUAAUUGUCUGCUAGAACCAAAUCUGUUCGUUGCCCUCUGUAAAGCGAAUAUGCUAGCUCGAGAUGGCCAAUGCAAAGCGUUCACAGACGAUGCUGAUGGAUAUGGACGCGGAGAGGGAUGUGGGAUAGUCAUUCUGAAACGACUGAAAGAUGCUAUAAGUGAUGGCAAUAAAGUAUGGGGUCUCAUUAAAACUGGAACCAACCAAGAUGGCCAAUAUGCUAAACCAAUUAGCGCACCAUCCAGCGAACAGCAAGAAAAACUAAUUCAAGAUGUUCUUCGGAAGUACAACAUCGACAAAAACAAUAUAACUGUCAUUGAAGCCCAUGGAACUGGAACAAGGAUUGGUGACCCAAUAGAGUGUAAAGCGCUUGGACACACUCUUGGGUCAAAUACAAAAACGAAAUACUUGGGAUCAGUCAAAACGAACAUAGGUCACCUUGAAGCCGCAGCUGGUGUUGCAGGUCUGAUAAAAGUUUUGCUAAUGAUGAAACACAAAACAAUUGUUCCUUCACUUUGGUAUAACAAGGCAAAUGAAAAUAAAAAACUUCAGCUCAGCAGUCAUGGUUUCGUUGUUCCAACACAAUUGGAAGUCUGGAAUGAGGAUCAAACCACAGCAAGAAUGGCUUCUCUUAAUAGCUUUGGAUUCGGAGGGACGAAUGCUCACGCUGUUAUUUACGACUACAUAAACAACACUGAAACUGCUGCAGAGGCUUCAGCGUGUAUUCUUCCACCAAUUGUUGUCAUUUCUGCUGUAAACGAAGAGACGCUCAAACGAAAUAAAAAGGCUUUAUUGGAAAAGCUGAAAGAGUUAGAUUUUAACCUGCGUUCACUUUCCUUUACAUCAACGUGCAAAAGAGACAUUUUUCAAGUAAGAGAAGCACACUAUGCCAAAGAUAAACAGGCGUUGAUAGAAAGCUUAAUGCAUAGCCAUGAUUUCAGACGCAAAUUUGUUGCUAACGGUCAGCCACCAAAGGUAGUUUUUGUCUUUUGCGGUGUAGGCACUGUGUGGCAAGAUAUGGGGAACAUACUUUUGGGUGAUGAAUCUUUUCAUGCGGCUCUGAAAGCUAUCGACACUCAUCUUAAACCACUCACAAGAUGGUCCAUCGUGACCAAAUUUGUGCAAAAGUCCACCGAUUUGAUUUCUGACCCUUUCGUGUCGCACAUUGGAUUGUUUUCAUACCAAGUUGCCCUGUCUGAAAUGUGGAAGAAGUUUGGUGUCACAGCCGAUGCUGUUGUUGGGCAGUCCGUUGGCGAAGUUGCAGCCGCAUAUACUGCUGGAUAUCUCAACCUCGAGUCUGCAGUUCAAGUGAUAUUUCAUAGAUCAAGACACUUGUCAUCGGUGAAUCAAGGUAAAAUGAUAGUUGUGCAGGGCGUUGAUCUCGGCAAAAUAGAGUUAAGUUGUAGCGAGCAUAAGUUAGAAAUUGCGGUAGAAAUCAGUAAAACGUCGUGUACAGUUUCGGGUGAAGAAAACGCAAUUGCCUUACUGAAAACCGAAGUAAAGAACAAUUAUCAGGACGUAAAGAUUAAGGAUCUGACAGCCGCAUGCGCUUAUCACAGCCGUUUUGUUGAAACUGCAGCCGAACAGAUACAAAAGGAACUACCUUCUCUAUUUCCCGAAUCAAGUGUUGGAGUGGACCAUAUACCAAUGAUUUCGACAGUUAUUGGUAAACAAGUUGAGGGGCCUGAAAUUUGUUCAAAUGAAUAUUGGAAACGGAAUGCCCGAGAAAAAGUCCUGUUUAUGUCAGCCAUAAAAACUGCAGUGAACCCAACACAAAAAAAUAUUUUCUUGGAAAUCGGACCAAGAUCCGUCCUGACAAACCACAUGGAUUCAAUUUUUUCUUCGGAAGAUCCAGUAAUAUGCAUAUCAAGCAUUGCUCAAGAUAAAGAAUCAAAUACAAUUGCCAACGCAACAUGCGAGUUGUUUGAACAUGGGGUCGAUAUCAAUUGGAUAAACGUAAUUCAAACAUGUUGUCACAUGACCGAAAUUCCUAAUCAGGUUCUUGACAGACACAACGAUUUGUUUAUGGUUGGAAGACAAAAAUGCGUUUACAAGGUACAGACGUAGGCAGUCGCCUACAUCCGUUUGUGCAACAAAGUGAGCUUGGAAAUGGAAGUUGGCAAAUAGACUUAAACCACACAGAGACAGCAUUUUUGUUCGAGCAUACGGUUGGGAAUCAUACCAUUAUUCCAGGAGCAUUCUAUGCGGAAAUUGCAUUUGAGAUUGGUUUGACGUGCCUGAAAUCGUGCGAACGAGUGGAAAACAU